AUGUCUGCCCUGAGCAAGCGUCAGCAGGCGCGCAACGAGCGGACGCUGCAGGAUCUGAUCACCUCUGUGCCCGGCAACGAUAGGUGUGCCGACUGCCAGGCCCGUAACCCAGGAUGGGGAAGUUGGAAUCUAGGGAUAUUUCUGUGCAUGCGCUGCGCAACAUUGCACCGUAAACUUGGCACUCACAUUUCCAAGGUCAAGUCUCUGACCAUGGACAGCUGGACAGCAGAGCAGGUCGAGACGAUGAAAAGGAACGGGAACAUAGCAGUUAACAAGAUAUACAACCCCCGGAACAUCAAACCGUCCAUCCCAGUCGAUAUAGACGAGGUAGACUCGGUCAUGGAACGAUUUGUGCGCAAAAAGUACGAGCUCAAGACCCUCGAGGACGGUAAACCGAAGCCUCCCAGCAGACAGGACCCUAGCUACACCACAAAGCCUACCGUCGACCCCCCUGCGUCUUCUCCUACAUCUCCUCCUUACGCUCCGGCUGCCCUGCCUUCGAAGCCAAAGUCGAGGUUCGGUUUUGGCCUGCGCUCUUUAUCUUCCUCUCACUCGUCGACACCAAGCUCAAGCAGCAGAUCGGCCACUGGUACCCUCCCUUCCCUGCGCCGGAGAGAGAGUCUCGAGACCUCACAUGUUCAUUCAGUUCCCCUACCGAACAACAAGCAGUCUAGAACGUUGGGAGUUAGCAUUGCAGAUCGCAAUGGGUCUCUGGAGUCGAAACUCGAGAUAUUGCGGGACAUGGGCUUCAUGGAUGAGAGGAGAAACAUGACCGUUCUCAAGGGGCUAAACGGUGAUGUCGAACGCUGCAUAGAUACACUGACCAGGCUCGGAGAGAAGACGUCAACCGGGCCUAGGUCUCCUACUUCGCCAACCGGUACCCAGAGUGGCUAUAGGACCUCCUCCGGCUCGACAGACAUAUUCACCCCGCCAUCUACUUCUUCGAACCCUUUCGAUAAGCUGCCGACCAGUCACCAUAACACCAUGCCGGCCCUGUCUCCUUCGUACAUGUUCCCACAGCCUCAGCAGCAGCAGCAGCAGCAGCCAGCCUAUUCUCUGCAGCAACAGCCUGCUAUGCCUGUGUACCAACAGUUCCAGCAACAACAACCCCAGCAGCCACAGCAGCCCAAUAGGAUUGACAAGUCCAGCAUUCUUGCAUUGUACAACUUCUCUCAACCUCCACCUACCAUCCCCGAACAGCCACAACAGCAGCAACAGGCCCAGCAACAGGCCCAGCAACAACCUCAGCUGCCACACCUACAAACAAACAACCCCAUCUCCACAAACCCGUACCAGAACGCCACCAAUGCAAGUCCAAUGGUCCAGUCUGCCCCCGCAACCACCACAGGUACAUACGCAAAUCACAAUCCCUUUUUCACCCCCACCAAUGCAGCUUCCAGCCAGCCAGCCACCACCUUCAUUCCCACGGCACCAACCCAAUCACAAGGCCCUGUAGCACCAGCAUCAAAUAACAUGGGAUUUACUCGAACCCACAUCAGCCAGGAAUCUAUCGACAUCAGACAGGCUCACAGUGGCCGCCACAGUCCGGAUAUCUUUGCUAGUCUGAGCGCGAGAUAUUAA